GGCUGAGCGAGAUAGGACCCCGGGACCGCCAGAUGCCGUGGAGUCCUCCCGUUCGUUCCCAGGGACGUGAUGGGAAGGCACAGCGACUGACUGCUAGGCCCCCAACAGCCCUCAGCGCCAGAUGGGUUUGGAAUGCCGAGCUGCGCGGCCCGCUGAGGGCGCGGGCGCAGGGGUCGGCCUCAGCUGUGGGGUGCUCACUGCCUGAGCUGGCGCGUCUAGCCCCACUGGGGCCCCCGCCGUGGGAGUGGGUCCCGCCGCCUCGGCCUUCAUACCCAAAGCUUCCCCCUUCACGGGUACUCAGGGUGAUGCUAGUCCACCUCCUGAAUAGCUCCAGCCCCUACUGUGAUAGUCGCAGGCUCUGCAAUUAUGAGUGUGCGCGCGUGGCAUGUAGAGUAGCGUGCAACGUCUCACCUAGUCACUGACUCCACCCUUCGGCUUGUGUUGCGGAUGUUACUGAGGACGAGAGCUGAAGUUUUAACUCUGUUUGAUAAGGUAACUUUGAUGAAAUCAUGACCAGGUGGGCACGAGUUACUACCACACGUAGCAAGAGACCUUUGGCUGCAACAUCAUGGGAGGACAUGAAGAAGGGGUCCCUUGAGGGAGAAGGCCAAAACCUACCAAAGAGUAAACAACUUGAAGUCAAUAGGCUCUCUGCUAAAAAUGAUACGCCUCAAGCAAAACACAAAAAGAACAAAAAGAAAAAGGAGUACUUAAAUGAAGAUGUAAAUGGAUUCCUGGAAUACUUAAGGCAAAACCCACAGAUGGUUCAUAAUGGAGAGAGGAUAGCAACAGACAGUCAGGAGGUAAGGGAAGAAAUUGCAGUUGCUUUAAAGAAAGAUAGUCGCCGGGAAGGAAGAAGACUAAAAAGACAAGCAGCAAAGAAAAAUGCAAUGGUAUGUUUCCAUUGUAGAAAACCUGGCCAUGGAAUUGCAGAUUGCCCAGCCGCCCUUGAGAAUCAAGAUAUGGGCACUGGAAUAUGUUACCGGUGUGGGUCCACAGAGCAUGAAAUAACCAAGUGCAAAGCCAAAGUAGACCCAGCUCUUGGUGAAUUUCCUUUCGCAAAAUGUUUUGUUUGUGGGGAAAUGGGACAUCUGUCCAGAUCUUGUCCUGAUAAUCCCAAAGGACUUUAUGCUGAUGGUGGUUGCUGCAGACUUUGUGGCUCUGUGGAACAUUUUAAGAAAGAUUGCCCUGAGAGUCAGAAUUCAGAUCGAAUGGUCACAGUUGGUCGCUGGGCAAUGGGAAUGAGUGCAGACUAUGAAGAAAUUUUGGAUGUGCCUGAACCACAGAAACCCAAAACAAAGAUACCUAAAGUUGUUAAUUUUUGAUAAUGAUUAGUACUAUCAUUAGUUACCACCUCAUUGUGAGCUACUCUGAACUGGGCCUACCUCACAUACUGGAGUUGAGCUCCCUUGGAGACCUGUGUUGUAGACAUCAGUAUGAUGUGCAUAUGGUCAGAUAGUUUCCUGAGUGCUGUCCAUUAAAGAGUGCCUCUAUCACUGGAGAAAAUCAUUGAAGAAAAGUAUAAGAUUUUUAAAUUGGAUUCUCUAAAAGAAUAUUUUUAACAGGUAGAACUUAGGUAUAACUAAGUGGUUACAUACUUGAUUGUAACAAUCAUCUUUUUCUUAAAAACUAUGCAUUAAUGUGAACCACCCUUAAAGUAUAACUUUUGCGUUUAGAAAUGAAGUUUUGGUUAUAUUGUUUUCUUGGUUCAAUAUAUCAAUUUAUUAUUAUAUUAGGAAUUUAUAAGUUGCCACAAUACUGUAUUUUUAAAAUAUUUAAUUCAAAAAUCAUUUGCUAUGUACUUAUUUUUCUGAAUACCUCAUUCUGGAUUGAACUAGCCAUUGUCUGUUUAUGUCCAGGUAAUCCCUUUGGGAACACAAUCUUUUUAUGAAUUCUAGAUGAGAUUAAUUUUGGUUAAUUUUUGUUUUAGUUUUGACAUAAAGAAGCACAAAUUAUUGAGGUAACAUAGAAGAAUACGUUAACAACAGCUCCUUUGUCCUGGAUUUUCAAGAGUGAAAUUCUAGCCAAAAUUAUUUUGGGGUAUUUAACCAGAAUGAUGUUACUUAACAGAUUGUAUAUCACACUUAAUAGCAUUUUGUUCAUGUGUUUUAGAUGAGUCUGGGUGAGAUGCAGGUAACACCAUAAUAGAGUUAGAAUGCUAAUCAGA